GCGCAUGCCUUCUGGGCUGUCCGGCCACCGGCGUGCUGCUUAGCGACUAUCGCGAGGACUAUUUUGCGACAAGCACCCUCAAAGCAGACGCGCCGCUUUUUGACAGACGCGCAGGCUCCGUAGCGGUGCCGAGGGGAAGUCGUGCGAAUGUCGGACCAAGCAUUGCGGCCCUCUGUGUGGGGUAA